UUCAUCCAAGGUCACGCAAACAACGUGAAGAAUGCAUUUGUUUGCAUUAUUUGCACGAAUUUGGGCACUCAAAUCUAGACCAGCUGCACUAAAACUGUGGCGAUUUUGAGGGAUGCCAGUCAAGGAAGGCACAGUCUAAAGUUCUUCCAAGUCGAAGUUAAAAUGAGUUUAGAGCAAAGUUCAACAAAAUCAGCGAUUACAAAUUUUCCAAAUGAGAUCCUGGAAGAGAUCUUCUCCUACCUCGAGUUCGAAGAACGUCUGACUGCUUCGCAGGUUUGUCUCCGCUGGCACGGAACCGCUCUCCGGUGGAGUGAAAUUCGCCUAGGGGUCUACUCCCCCGACGAUUCUGACCUCGAAACCAUCCUGGCCAGUGAACGACCUUACCGGCAUCUCCAGCUGAACGGUGAUCAAUUUGCCGCGCAGCUGGUAACCAAAUUCGGUUCCAGUUUGAGAUCUUUGAGCAUUACCAACGUUGAAUCGUGGAGCUGGCUAGGUUCGCUUGGUGGACUGCCGGAACUUCAGAGCCUGUACAUCAAAACAAGCUAUCGAUACGACUCUCUGACGGAUGCUCCUCUAGGGCAACCUUGUUCAACGUUGCGUUGGUUGACUAUUGAGGAGAUUGGUUCCGACGUGUUUCCCGCUUUAAAUAGAUUCAUCAGUGCGACCUUUCCUGCACUGGAGUGUUUAAGGGUGGAGUACUACUCCGGAGUUUUCCGUCUGUCGAAUCUUCCAGAGCUGGCAGAAUUGGUGAUGAUCGGAUACAACGAAAUCGACGACGGAUUGCUGCAGGACAUCAAAUCCCUGCCAAACCUUCGAACGAUCGUCCUCGCCGGAAGGCGACUCGAGUGCGACUACCCGGACCACGUUCUCCGCAGUGACCACAUCCGGACGGUGCAGAUCGGCACGGACGAUCCGCUCUUCGACGACGAGCUGCUUCAGCUGACGGAGGUGUUUCCGGCGAUGACCGCCUUCAGCUGUACCCGGUGGUCGCUGUGCACGGUGGCCGGAAUCGACGCUGCGAGACGGAGGCUUCCGAACUGCACCUUUGACGUGGAACCGACGGAGGAUUCCAUGGAGGUGGGGGCGGGAUCGGAUGGGGAGGACUCGAGCAGCGAGACGGAGUCGAGUUGAUUUUGUUAGUUCUAGUAAUAAAACAGUUUUCUAGGUUGUUCACGAAAUGUUGUGCUGAAUCUUAUCACGAAAGUUCAUGAUUUGCUAAACGUAAACAAACGGAUUCACUUCAACGCAUGCGCUCGACAAAAACUGCACCAAUACAUGAACAGUCUUCGAAUGUACGGAUGA